AUGGGGGAUUCAAAGGCCGUGGCGGUGGAUGGCAGCGCCGCCAUACCCACCUCCAUCACCAACCUCGCUGCUCUGCAGUACCUAGCCAUGGGAGCAGACGGCAGCCAGCUGACUGGCACCUACGAGGGACUGGCCUGGCUCUCCUCCCUCUCCAACCUGCAAUCGCUUGAUUUGUCGUUCCUGCGGGCCUUGGAAUUCCCUGCCUGGGUGACUCACCUCUACAACCUUCAGUGUCUCAACGUGAAUGGGGAUGAGCCGCGGUGGCAGGGGCUGUUGUCUGAUGACAUCUCGCACCUCACCGCACUCACGAGCCUAUCUCUCUUUGGAAACAACCUGGAGGGAUACGUGCCUAAGAGCUUCUCAUCUUUCCUGAACCUGCAAUACCUACACCUCUCAUUCAACUAUCUGUCUGGUUACAUCCCCCGUGCCUUCACCACCAACAUCCAAAGCAUGUACGUCUCACAUUCCUUUCCUCAACUCAAGCUCCACCUCCCACCCCACAAUUCCCUCUAA